AUGACCAUGCUUACAAAGAUCACGAACGGAAUGUCAUAUCCAAUGCAUCCCCGACAUUCAGAAGAAGAAGAAGAAGUAAAAGAAGAAGAGGGUGAACGGAUAUACACGGAUAUUGACGUAGCUGAACUUGAUAGGCUUGAGGCAAACAUAUAUUCAAAUAAACCUGUGCUGAUGAGGAAAAUGCGCGAUGAGUUUUUUUACGUGGUGGCAGAGAUCAUUCCUAUCGUCAAGGAGGAUCACCUCGUGGCCCCUCCUUUUCCAGAUGACGAUGUGGACAUUUAUGAAGGAUUUGUUUAUAUGCAAGUCGUUAAGAAAUACGAUCCGAAAUAUAGCGGCCAUCAUUCCCUCAAAAUCGGAGAAGUAUAUCGUAUUCAAAAUCCCCGACUUGUUGGAGUUGAUGAUAGCUACUAUCGUUCGUUAGAGGGCAAUUUAAUUCCAAAAGGCAACGUGAAAACCUUUCACAAGAAGCCAAUCCCACCGCCGAGAAAAAGAACCUCUUUGGCUCAUGGAGAUGAUAACCAGCGACCGCAACUAGACGAUGACUACGCAACCUGCGAAGACGAAGAUGAAAAACAUUAUUCGGAAGCUGGCUCAGAUGAUAACCAGCGACCGCAAAUAGACGACGACGACUACGCAACCAGCGAAGACGAAGAUGAAAAACGUUAUUCGGAAGCUGGCUCAGGUGAUAACCAGCGACCGCAAAUAGACGACGACGACUACGCAACCAGCGAAGACGAAGAUGAAAAACGUUAUUCGGAAGCUGGCUCAGGCGAUAACCAGCGACCGCAAAUAGACGACGACGACUACGCAACCAUCGACGACGAAAACGAAAAACGUUCGGAAAUUGGCUCAGAUGAUAACCAGCGACCGCAAAUAGACGACGACUAUGCAACUUGCGAAGACGAAGAUGAAAAACGUUAUUCGGAAGCUGGCCCAGAUACUCGGACAACACCAGAGUUUAUGAAAAAGGACGUCGGAACCAUGGCGGUAUACAAAGAUUGUAGAUCUCAAAUGGACUCUCUGAAAACUGAUUUGUUGGAACCAAACGUAAACGUUGACCAAUUGAAAGACCACAAAGAAGCCGCAAAACCUUUUGCAGUCAUCAAUGAAACACUGUUUACUCAAUGGCAGUUGAACGAAUUGUGCAUUCGACAUGGUAGGAAAUCAGAUAUUGUAUCUCGUGCAUGUGAUGUGAUUGUAAGUCAUUUGAAAGAAACAUUUGAUCACAUUUUUAAUUUGAACAAUGAGGUACUUCAUAUAUAUCCAGCAUUCAAGGUCGAAAAAGAGAACGACAUUAUUUUUGUUGUAACUGUUAGCAAAGCGGCAUAUUCAUUCGUUCUAUGCGAUUCGGUGUCAUAUUGUUUAGAGAUACGAGUUCUCAACAAGUUUAGCAAUGAAUUGAAGACUUUAUUGGAUACGGUAUAUGAAGAAGGUCAUAGUAUUUCAGACGAAUGUCAAGAAACUAUCGCACUUACUAUUGCACAAUGUUCUAAACACUUACUAGAGACACAUACGUUAUUGAGUGUCAUCACAGCUUCUCCAUUGAAAUCUAAGAGAAACAAAGAGAAAAAGAUUCAUUCGUUUGUGCGAGAAUCUGAAUGUUGCAUCGUGUUCUGUGUUCAUGCCAAGGACUUUAUUCCUAUAAGGGAGGAACCACUUCCGGCAAGACUGAAUGGAAUUAGAACAGACGUAAUGGAGGGUGCGUUUGUUACGUUUGGACGUUUAGCGCAUGAGCCACAUGACAAAUUACCGAUUGGGUGUGAAAUAGGAAGAGGGGAAAGCAAAGAUAUUGGAACUCUUGGUGGUUUUAUAGAUCAUCCGGAAUAUGGAAUGUGUGGAUUAACAAGCGGGCAUAUGUGUCUGGAUCGUGCAGAGUAUGAAGCUUGUGUUAAACACGAUGGACGGCUUAUGUUACAACAGUGGCCUGAGGGCACUCGUGGGCGAGGAAUUUAUCAACCUGCAAAACUUCAAAAUGGCGAUGAGGUCGGUCAACUUGUGGAAGUACUUUAUAAAGUAGGCGGCCAUUUGGAAUCAGGUUUUGAUGUUGCAUUGUUCCAGAUAGAGCAGAAAUAUCCAGCAGACGGAAUAUUUCCAGCUGAGAAGAUCGAUGACCAGUGCCAUGAUGUUGCGUAUAAGUUUAAGAGCGGAAAUGUAUGUGGUGUGAGCCGCACAGCCGACAAGCCUUUGUGGAAAUUUGGGCGAUCAACUCGUUCAACAACAGGAAAAGCGCUCUUCAAAACUCCAAUAACAGCUGUAAAGGAAGUUCGUCUGUUAUGGAAAACACAUGAUAAAUUCGAAAUCAUGUUACUAAACCAAUUCGCGGUGUCUCCAUUAGGCACUGAUCAAAACAAGAAAUUUGCUAAUUAUGGUGAUUCAGGAGCUCUCGUGUUUAUUGACAAAGACAUAGACGAUUUAACGUGUGUUGGAAUGGUGGCAGGAGGGGAAGUUGGUAGUUCGAUUGCUAUUAUUUCUCCGAUUUGUCCGAUUCUGAAGCACAUCAAUGUCACGAAGUUUCAUUCGUUUUACAACACUCCCAGGCAAAAUAGUGAAGCUUUACAGAGACUAGAGACCAUGUACUCACAGCUAGAUCAGCGAAUGGCACGAAUCGACAAUAAUGUUGGGAAAUUAGUUGCAUUAGUAGAAAUGAUGCAGCAACAAAACAACAGUUCCGCCGAAAUGGACAAAAGCAAUAAACAAUAA